CAGCGAUGUGCCUGGCGCGUAGAUGACGUGUGUGCGCAUGAAUGGGCUUGCAUCUUCCUUGUGUGUGUAGCUGUGCGUUGGGAGAAGGGCGAUGUGCCAACGUGUGUUUGUGUGUGGGGGAAUGGCUGGCAGUUGCUUCGCUGCACACGUGGAUGUGGCACAGUAAAACAGAAAAUGUUGUCAGCUGUGUGUUGUGGGUGUGGCUGUGGUUGCCUUUGGAGGCAAGACGCAGCCCGCUGUGACAUGCGGGUCGAUGAAGUAUUGCGCGCGAGAGCAAGCAAAGCUUUGCAUGGAUUGCUGGUGUUGAGCCAAAAGUCUAUGAUGUUGAAGCAAGUUGCAAGCCGCUGGCGGAGUGACGGCAAGGCACAUGUAUGUGUGUAUAUCUGCUGUGAUCUCUGA